UCCACAUUGCACGUGUAUGUUAAGCUCACCUUACGGAUCAAUGUGUCCUCGUAUGCCGGUGCUGAUGCGUCUGGACUGACUCUUGGAAAUAUGUCACGUCCAAGGAUUUUUUGUGAACUGGUUGCCUCAGAAAAUGCUAGUCCGUUUUUAGGAGAUAACGCAGGCAUAUUGCUUACUAUUUAACGUUGUAACUUACGCAACUGUGACGGAUCAUAACGUAACGAUAAGUCUAGACCAAGUUCAAAGGUCUAAGCAAAAGGCCGAUCCUUUUCUGAAAUCGAGGCUUAUUAGAAACUUAGAUGGAGAGAUGGGGAAUGUCAAAGAGUGGAACGUCUUCUUGGCCUCACAGAACCUUGCCUCUGUUCUCAAUGAUCCCAAGAGAGGAAAGCAGAGGGACCUCUUCACUAAAACAUGGGGAGAGAGUUUUAUUGAAAAGGAGGUGCCUUCUUGUCCAUUCUUACCUGAAAUCAAAGUGGAAGACUUCACUGCUUACCUCAAGAAGACAUCAAAACGGUACAAGAAGCACCUGAAACAGAAGCUUUCUAUGACUCAUUCUGAUUCAGCACAGUCUACUUCAUUAGUCCCUUGUCACAACCAGAGCUCAGGUUUACCAAAUAUCAGUGUGAUACCCAAGAUCUUUCUUCAGCCCACUUUUGACCUCUCUGAACCUGAAACAUUUCAACUCGUAUUGAGAGCCAACUAUCGUUCCACUGAUGCAGGAGAUGGCAAAACCUCCUCCAUUCAUUGGCAAGAAGAGUUAUCACAAUAUUUGGAUGUAGUUGAAAUGAACAUAGCCAGGCACAUAUCUCAAAAGUCUGAGGCCUUUUUCCAUGCUAUGUCAUCCCAUGACAUUCUCAUUGAUAGACUCCAGGGCACAAUCGCUGCAACACAAAGCCUUAGGGAAAAGAUGCAUGUGAUCCAAGAUAAUGUUGUGUUUGACUCAGUUCACCUCCUGAGACUCAAGAAGCUUCGACAGAACUAUGUGUCUGUGCUUCGAAAGGACAUCCCCUUAUUGGACCUUGAAGAACCAUCUGUUUUUGAAAGAAUAGGUAGCCUAUAUCCCACAGCAGAAAGCAUGACAGAGACAGGACUGAAAUUUGGGCCUGAGUGGGUGCGAGCAUUGUCCAGUGGUCCAUCUAAUCUGUCAACUUCUCCACCAAGUCCUUUGCCUCCAGUGAAUCGUUACAAACUUGCAGAACAUCGCUACGGCAGAGAAGAGAUGCUGGUCCUGUAUAAUAAGGAUUCAAGGCCCCCAGAUGACAUCCUCAGUGGCAGCCCACACAUUGUUCUUGAGAAGAUUCAGCCACCUCUCUCUUUGCUGCAAAUGAGUGAUGAAGAAAUGAUGGCAUGGCAGCAAGGAGUAAACAGUGAUGCAGUGCUGAGGUUGAUGGGACGGAGUGCAGGAGGUGGAGGGGGCAUGAUGUCUGCUGGAGGAGAAAGGGGAAACAUGAUAAGAGGGCGGGGUGGAAGCAUGGACAGAGGGAGAGGGAGAGGUGGUAGAGGGGGCUUCCAUCCCUCCUUUGGCACUCGGCAGUUUGAUGAUGACAACGGCGAACCGGGGUCUGGUCGAUGGGAUCGACGACCAGGAGGCCGAAGCAUUCUCUUUGAAAGAUCUCAGUCUGCUAGUGAGAGAGGUUGGCCAGAACGAAAUGGUCCUGAUGAGAGACCACCAGUGGGGAGUCCUAGGAAGACAACUCCAUUUGAGUUCUCCGGAGGUCGAGGAGGUGCACCAGGAACCCCUCGGGGUCCUGAUAAUUGGCGCUCAAAGGAUGAUGAUGGGGGGUCCUGGCGCACUGUUGUCCGUGACAAAUGGGGUCGCACAAGUUGGAGAGAACGGGGAGACUUUGAAGUGCCCGGAAGAGGUCGUGGGGGAUCGUAUCGGGGAGGGUUUACUGGUCGGGGUCGAGGUCGGGGGCAGCAGCUGCCUGAAUGGACAGCCAGUGAUGAUCAGGGUGUUGGGAGCUUUGAUUCCUCGGGCUCGUUCCAUGCACCCUCGAAGGAUGAUGACCUCGAUCAAGAGAAACAUGAGCUGAGAAGGCAGAGAAGAGAGGAAGAAGAGGAGGAAGUGUGGGAUGAUGAGGGGCAUGGUGAUGAAGAGCCUUCUGGGAAGCACCAAGAAGAAGAGUGGGAAGGAGAAUGGGAGGAAGACCUAGUUGAUGAAAGCCCACCGAAGAACAGUGCCCCACCUCCACAUAGUGCAUCUCCUGUGCCACAGACUCCAAGGAAAGACCCACCAGUACCUGCAGGAAAUGAGCCAGAGAGGAGGAGGGAAGGGACUGAAGUCCCCGUUCAUCCGAAGCAAUCUAGUCAAUCAUCUAAUGAGCCUCAUGUGCCCCCUGGAUCGAACAGAGGUGAUCCCAGCAACGGUGUGCCUCGUCCGGUGCCACUUUCGACCAGGGAGUCCAUGGACUCCAUCUUUGGACCAGUGUCAAGUGGCAUCAUUGGGGUCGCACCCCUACGAACCUAUGCAGGCUUUGAGGAAGAACACAUGGACCAAAUGCUGGCCGUCGUGGACAAUCUCCUCGCCGAUGUGACUAUGCCUGAGGAGGAAUCAGGAAAAAUGGAGAGACGUGUUGAUCCUCUCAUAUCCUUGGCAACCAAUAACUCUGCACAAUCUGUGAUGAUGGAUAAAUGGUUUUAUAGGGACCCACAAAAUGAGAUUCAGGGUCCAUUCUCAGGCUCAGAUAUGGAGGACUGGCUGAACAUGGGCUUCUUCCCAUCAACACUCCUUGUUCGCCGAGAGUGUGAUGAAGUGUUUGUAUCCCUUGCCGAACUUGCCACUCGAUGGGGUCGUAAUCCUUUCAAGUCCGGUCCCCCUAUGCCUCCCCUGCGAGCUGCUGAUCUGGCUCAGGGUCAGCCAGGGAACAAAUUCAAUGAGAAGGUGAAUCCUGUGAUGCAGCAGCAGGUGUUCCAACAAAUUCUGGUCAGUUCAAACCCGGGCUCUGUCCCCAUAUCUCACGGCAUGGCACCCGCGAGCCCUGGCCCCACUUCCUCACAUCAUACCCAUUUUGAAUUGCAAAGACAGCUUAUCCUCAGGCAACAGCUCCUGGCCAAACUGCAACAGAUGGAUGGGUGGUCUUCCUUUUCUCCUCAGCAGCAGGAGCUGAUGCUGCGGAACCACUUGAUGACACUGAAUGCCACUGGAGGUGGAACAGGUCCUGCACCAGGGUUACCUGGUGUGGUGCCAUCAUUUGGCCCUAUUGCUGCAUCAACGGGGCCUGGGAAACCACUGAACCCCAUGGCUUUGCUCAAUCAAGUUAUGCAGCCUCCCACAAGCAAUCCUCUUGGCAUCUCUGCCAACAUACCCAAUGCAGCUCUGCAGCACUUGUUCCAGCUACAGCAGAAGGGUGGUGGAGAGCCCAAGACUCAGGUGGACCCCAUUGAAUCCCUUCUGCAUCAGCUGGCUUCCAAAGGCAUUUCAGGUGCAGUCACCCCUCAGAACCCACUGCUGUUGAUGUUCAGCAUGCUGCCAAACCUGCAGCAACCUUGCAUGAUGUCACCUGCUAAACCCUCUUCCCUCCUCCCCCUUCUGCUUCUGGCCUCCCCUGAUGAUACACUUCCUGCCCCCUUUCCCAUGUAUCCUGAGACUCCUCCCAGGCACUUGCAUCUUCUUCCUUCAUACAGUCCAUUCAAGGACCUUUCCAGCACCAAGGUCAUUACUGGCAGCAGUUGCAAUGAGCAUGGUAACCACUACCCUGCUCCUCUGACUGAGGUAUUCAAUGUCUUCCAGGAAAAGUUGGUUGAAGAAGAGAGAAAGAAAUUGGAGGAAAAACAGAAGGAGAUUGAAGCAGAAAGGCGGAAGUUGGAGGAGGAGAAGAAGCGCUUUGAAGAGGAGGGUCGUCGACUGGAGGAACUAAGACAACAGGAGGAGAUGCGGAGACUGGACGAGGAACGGAAGCGGCAAGAGGAAGAACAGUUACGCAUCUUGCGGGAGAAACAAGAGGAAGAAAGAAGACGACGAGAGAAGGAAGAGGAGGAGCGAGAGCGGGAGCGACAGAGGCGAGAGGCUUUGAAAAGACAAGAAGAGGAGAAACGCAAGCGAGAAGAGGAGGAGCAGCAGAGGAGGGAAGAAGAGGAGCGACAACGAAAACAAAUGGAGGAACAGAAGCAACGCAAGGAAGAUCAGGAAAGGAAGAGGCUAGAGGAGGAGCGAACAAGACGAGAGGCUGCUGAGGAGGAGAAGCGGCACUAUGAAGAGAGGCAGAGAGAAGCCCUGCAGCACUUGCGAGAGCAGCAGCAGCGAGUGGCUGCCUUGUCUGCUUGGGGAAAUUCCAACUCCUCCAAUGCCCCAUCCCUGCUCCACAUUCAACACACAGAAGAGGAGCAAAGACAGAAACUAGAAGCAUUGGCUAGGGUCAAGGAACAGGAAGAGCAGCAGAGGAAGCAGCAUCGAUUAUUCCUUCAGCAACAGAAGCAACAGAUGGAGCAGCAGCAGGUACCACUGCGCUGGGUCACUCAACCCACAGCAUCUGCAGCUGUCAAGAGCCUGGCUGAAAUCCAGGCUGAAGAGCAGGAAAGACUGACUAAGGAACGAGAGCAAGAACAAGCUUUGCAUGAAAGCCAGAAGCAUUUAUCACUGGCCACAGCCAGUAUCUGGGGUUCUGCAUCCAAAAACCUGUCCUGGGCAAGCAAGGCAGCAUCAGGGGCUUGGAACAGCACUCGAAAUGAUUCCCCUCCAGUCAAUGUCUGGGGUGCCAUAGGAUCCAAUCCCACUCCUUCAAAGGGGUUUUGGGAGGAUCCACCCACAUCAAAAUCUGGAGGAGGGAGGGGAAAUGAUAUGGCAUCUGCUUCACAAAGCAUACCCAACCCAAGUCAGAAGGGCAAUCCACCAUCUGGCCAGGGUCGAGGGAGGCGUGGGCCAUCCAGGAAGGAUGAGGAGAUGGUGAUGAGGUUGUUUGAGAAUCAGAGGCCAAAGACAGAUCCCUUCACUCAAUGGUGCCAUCAGGCCCUCACUGAGAUGGAAGCUUCUGUUGAUAUACCCACAUUUGUGGGGUUUCUUCAAGACGUGGAGUCACCAUACGAGGUGCAUGAUUAUGUGCGGUCAUACCUUGGGGAUGGGAAGUCAUCCCAGGACUUUGCACGGCAGUUCCUUGAAAGACGGAGCAACUGGCGGAAUGCCCAGAAGGACAAGAAAUCCCCUGAAGACAGCAUGCAUGGCCCGGCCCCUGCUGUCAAUCCCAACACUGCUGACUUCCAAGAAGUCAAAUGCAAGGGGAAGAGUAAGAAGAAGGGGAAGAUGCAAAAGGUGGACGCAAGCAGCCUUCUUGGCUUCAACGUCACGGCAGCACCCGACCGCAUCAACAUUGGCGAGAGGGACUACAUCUCAGACAUUCCAAGGUUCUUGUCUGUGAUCAAAACGAUGUCAGAGCAGUUGAACAAGAGCCUCACAGCCAUGGACUGGCUGUCCCACCUCAAUGUCCAGCUGGAUCUGGAGAAUGCAACAAAGCCCGAGUCCGAUGAGAAGACAUGUGUCAAUGGAGAUUCAGGAGACUCCUGUGAACCACUCCACACCAAGCCUCCAUACAGUUAUGCCAAUCUCAUCCACUUGGCCAUCAACAACUCCCCAGCAAAGAAAAUGACUCUGGCAGAGAUAUAUGACUGGAUCAUGGAGCAUUUCCCAUUCUAUCGCAAUGCCACAAAGGGCUGGAAGAACUCGGUGAGGCACAACUUGUCCCUGAACAAGCAAUUCAUGAAGCUGCCUCGGCCAAGGGAUGACCCAGGGAAAGGGCAUUAUUGGACCAUCAACCACAACUAUCAAGCAGAGGAUAAGAAGAAGACACGGCCUCACAUCAGCAUCAAGAGUUUUCGCCAGCACGUGAGGACACCCUUCAGCCGAGAGUGCAGCGUCGACAGUGCCAGCAGCAGUAGCAACUCCCCUGCAACCCCAGCAGCCUCAGCAUGCAGUUCAGGGGGAUAUUCUGUGAUUUCAACCACUCUCCAACCGUCAAUGCCGCUGUCCAACUUUGACAUCAGCUCUUUUCCCCUGAUAUCUGUGGAUGCCGAUCCAUUGAUGACCAGCCUGGCAGCAUCCUUGCCCUCAGUUUGCAUUCCUGUGUCGAGAGGAAACCCACUGGUGAGUGGUGGGCGCAUGUCAUCCACCGACAUCAUGGCCAUCAUCUCCGGCCUCUUACAACAGCAACAGCAAUUACAGAAUGACACCACUGAGAAUCAUCUUGGUGCCGGAUUGGAGCCUGGUUUCCCCUCUCAGUUGACCUCGGCUGACCUCCCAGAAUCUGGGAAUUUGUAUGACCUCAUCACUUCAAUCCCUACUUCUGAGAUUUCGUCACUUUUUUCUGAGGAAUCUGAAAUGGCCAAGACUGAACUGGUUCCUGAAUUCAAGAGUGAGCCUUCAGAAUCAGCUUCAUACACUAGGUCUUGUGAGAGUGCAGGACCUAUUCUCACUGGUUUGAGCUCUGACCCACGUUCUCCACCUCCCACUGUCACAAGUCUCACCCUCUCUGGUUCCUUCAAUGGAGAUUUUCGCACUCCGAUGAAGGUGGAGUCCUUCUGCACCACGUCUGAGGAGUGGGUGGGGAACGAGACCCACCUCAACAUUGUAUCCCGUGGGGUGAAUGCAUGCCGAGGCAAGGUGGUCAUCAAGCGCUGCCCAGAUGAUGAUGACAUCAGUGAACAAGAGACUAUUAAUACAACCAUGGCUGCCUGUCCAGUCACAGAACACAUGCGAACGGCAGGGGACCGCAUUUACAGGACGUCUGUGGCAACUGCCCCCGUGCCAGAUGCCGUCUUGCGACAGCUCAAUGGCAACUGUGGUGUCUUGGGCCGUCCUCUUCAGCCCCCACCAGCCUUUGAAGAGUGUGAGACAUGUUCGUUGAAAGAGAACCCGCUCAAUCGUCCUUUGGAAGGGAAACGUAGUCGAAAUAACAGCUCCAGUGUGGAAGAAGCAAAAUUGAGUAGUCCCAAAGUUUCCAUCUCCAAGCACCUCUGUGGGAAAAUUGCCUUCCGAAAGGCCAGUGGUCUCAGCCAGGUCCGCAAGGCCCGUCGGGUAACUCCAAAGCCAAGUCGAGAGGAUCUACUGGCUGCCCUGGCCCCUAUCCCCAAAAAAACCAAAUCAAGAGUGCAGAUUGUGUCAGCUCAAGAACUGUCUUCUCGAGGGAGUGAGUUGGGUGAAUGUGAUGAUUCCAGUAGCAAGGAGAAGUCUGGGGUGGGGACAGAGAAGCAGGAGGAAGAGGGUGAGGUCACAGGGGUGAACAGCGAGGAAGAGACAGAUUAUGUCGACCGCAUACCCUCGUCUCCACCCAGGAGUCAUCUGUGUGAAGAGAAUGGAAUACCAGCACAGUGCACUUUGGGGAUGGAGGUUCAAGCUCUCACUGCAAGUCUGUUCCCCCACGUUCCUCCUGCCCUCCAUUUUGAGAUUCCCGAGAUGAAGGUGGAGCUUUUACCACUUUGUAUCCGCAAGCACCUCAAGUGGCUCCUGAGCAACAUCACACCUAUUGUCCUGAGGAAGAUCUUGAUGAACUCCGGGAUCAAACUUGUCCGAGCAGACAAGUUGAGAACCCCAUGGAUCGGGACAUGGGGUCGGCAUGUGAAGUCGGCGAUGUUUGAGAACAUCCAGAUGACAGAGAAGAUCAAUCACUUUCCUGGCACGUUUGUGAUUGGGCGCAAGGAUCGGCUCUGGCAUUGCUUCCGUGAUUUCCGACGCCGAUUCCUCACCAAGGAGUUCAACUACUUGCCAAAGACCUUCAUCCUCCCUGGAGAUCUGGCUUCAUUGCGAAGCAUCUGUGACCAACGAGGAGCAAAGUGCCGUUGGAUCAUCAAGCCUCCUGCAUCAGCACGAGGGAUUGGGAUCCAAGUGGUGAAUCGCUUCUCACAGAUUCCGAUUCACAAGCGAAUGAUUGUCCAAAAAUAUGUUGCAAAGCCAUACCUGCUGGAUGGGACCAAGUUUGACCUUCGCAUCUAUGUCCUGGUCACCUCAUUCUGCCCCCUUCGCAUCUAUGUCUACGAGGAUGGACUCGUUCGUUUUGCAUCUCAGAAAUAUACACCAGCAGCUAAGACCCUGAGCGACCAGUACAUCCACUUGACCAACUACAGCAUCAACAAGCACAGCGAGUCCUAUGUCCAAAAUGACCGAGUGGAAGAAUGCAAGGGACACAAAUGGUCCCUGCAGUGUCUGUGGAAGAAGCUAGAGGAAAAAGGUGAAGACACCCUGCGUCUGUGGGCAUCCAUCAUGGACAUUGUGACCAAGACGAUCAUUACGGCAGAGAAGACGGUGACCGAUGCCUGCUGUAAGUUCGUCAAGUCUGCCUACUCGUGCUACGAGCUGUUCGGUUUCGACAUCAUGCUCGAUGAGCGGCUGAAGCCAUGGCUCCUCGAGGUGAACAUCUCCCCAUCCCUCCACUCGACGUCGAGCCUGGACCAGCAGAUCAAGAGUGGGCUGGUGAAGGACAUGAUGAACAUGGUCCUCUUCCGCAUUCCCAACAAACUCACUCCUGAACAACAGGCACAGGUGAAGCAGGACUUCUUCCCUGAUCAUGUCCUGGAAACCGUCUGCCACAACCCUGCACUUUAUUCUACGAAGCUGUCAUCAGUCGAAUCUACAAAGAUUGAGCACUUCGAAGCAAAUGCUCAGCGGGCUCAGUAUCUGAGUGAGAUCCUAUUGAGGCUAACCCCUCACGAUGUGAGGCAGCUCAUCAUACAUGAGGAUGAAUAUGCCUUGCGGGGACGGUUCCUGCGCAUCUUCCCUUCUCCACAGUCUCACAUCUAUCACAGCUUUUUCUCCUCCCCAAGAUACAGCAACCUCCUCAUUGAUGCAUGGGAGCACCGCUUCUCCUCUUCACGGGAACAAGGCCUGGCAUUGUUGCGGCAAGUGUGCGAGGAAAAGUUUCAUCUCCGAGUGGCCGAGAAUAUUUAUUUCAUGGUGGACACUGGAAGCCAAAUCCAUCCAAGUCAGGAAAGUCCACCCCAAGCCCAAGGAGGACAGGAUGCUCCAAUGGACAUCGAAGACCGGACCGCCAUCGCCUGAAUCCACUCAAGCACUCAGGAAAUCUCAGUCUCUGAGAGGCUACAUAGGCUUCUUCCUUCCUACUUCCUUUUUUUUUUUUUGCUUCCCCCAUUUUCAAUAUUUUGGGGUCAGUUUUAAACAAUGAAAUCAAGGCUCCCCCUUCUGGUGACUUAAUUUGAGCCGAACAAUGUGGUGUGACCUCUUAUUCAGGCUUUUUGUUUCUGAGUGAAAGGAAUGAAGGUGUGAGUCAGUCUGGGAGCGUUUCUUCAUCCCUUUCUUUUUACCUUACUUUUGUGAUCCCGCCCGGUUACUAGCUUGAACCUUUUGAACACUGCCUCCUGUAUAGUUCAUG